UCUGCUUGCUAUUGUAUGUUCGUAUUCAUAAAGGACGUGAUUGAUGAUUUGAACGAGAAACUUAAAGCAGUUAAUCAGGAGUUGGUACAAGCUAUGAACACAGGCAAUAAUUCUAAUAAUUCAAAUAGCAACACUGACUCCCCAACAAAACCCCAGCAAUCCCCUGCUUCAACUACAAUGACAACAAAUAAAACAAACAAUACUAGUCAACAACAAAAAUUGCUCAAUAAUACAUCCAAUGCUUUAAUGACAUCUACGUUAAAUAAUCAGAUACAAUGGGUUGGCGCAUAUCGACUCGAGAAAACAUUGGGCAAGGGCCAAACUGGUCUCGUAAAGACUGGAACUCAUUGUGUAACGGGUAAAAAGAUUGCCGUAAAAAUUGUAAACAAGGAGAAAUUGAAUGAAUCUGUCCUUCAAAAGGUGGAACGUGAAAUUGCCAUUAUGAGGCUAAUAGAACACCCACAUAUUUUACAAUUAUAUGAUGUUUAUGAAAAUAGAAAAUAUUUGUAUUUACUUCUUGAACAUGUAUCUGGUGGAGAAUUGUUUGAUUAUUUGGUGAGGAAAGGUCGUCUAAUGGCAAAAGAAGCUCGAAAAUUUUUUCGGCAAAUAAUUUCUGCUCUUGAUUUUUGUCAUGCACAUAAUAUUUGCCAUCGUGAUUUAAAACCAGAAAAUUUAUUACUCGAUGAAAGGAAUAACAUUAAAAUUGCCGAUUUUGGAAUGGCAUCUCUUCAAGUUGAGGGUUCAAUGCUUGAAACUAGCUGUGGUUCUCCACAUUAUGCUUGUCCAGAAGUUAUUAGGGCAAGUUUUGUUAAUUCAAAAAUUGAUCUCUAA